CAAGCAUCCCUUUUUGAUCAUAUACACUAUCUUGAACGGUUUGUGUAGUUUCAAGAAUGGAAGGAUUAUACAAUUAUGAUUUGUGUGAUCAACCACUAAUACUGCCCCCAGGUUUCCGAUUCCAUCCGACCGAUGAAGAGCUCGUGUCUCAUUACUUAUCUCCAAAGGUACUCGACCCCAAUUUAACCACAAAAGCUAUAGGCGAGGUUGACUUAAACAAGGUGGAGCCUUGGGAUUUGCCAUGGAAGGCCAAGACUGGGGAGACAGAGUGGCAUUUUUUUUGUUUGACAGACAGGAAGUACCCAACUGGGUUGAGGAUUAAUCGAGCUACGAGUGCUGGGUACUGGAAGGCCACUGGGAAGGAUAAGGAGAUUUACCGAGCAAAAGUCUUGGUCGGGAUGAAAAAGACUUUGGUUUUCUAUGUAGGGAGAGCCCCUAGAGGAGUUAAAAGCAAUUGGGUUAUGCAUGAAUACAGAUUACAAGGAAAUAACAACAAUAUGUUCUCUAAGAAUGAAUGGGUAGUUUGCAAAGUAUUCAACAAAACUCUAGGAGGAAAGAAAGUCCACAUAUCAGAAAUGUUAAGUAGCAUUGAAUCUCGUCUUGAUUUACCUCCAUUGCUGGAUUUUUCAGCCGGUGAUAAUACGAGACAUAAAAAUGCCGCUGCUCAUGUGACCUGCUUCUCCAAUCUAAUACACAGUAAUCAAGAUAUAUCUGUUGAAGAAUAUACCUCUUCUUCAAAUACAAAUUCCCUUUAUCCGACUUCAAUUUUUUCAUCUCAACCCAGUCCAUAUACCGAAAAUUUCCAUUGCCUGGAUUCUGUUUUAAAGCAAGAACAGACGACUCUACCCCGUUGGUGUGGAACAAAUAGCUAUUACAAGAAACAAAACGCUGCAGCUGAUUUCUCACAUGAUAAUAGUGAAAUGUCUAACGCGGUUUCUAUGUAUGAAGUUGGAGUUGGUCUGUACGAUGUUGAUGAAGAUUUUUCGAUCAUUUCAACAGGGCAAAUAGAAUUAGAUUGUUUGUGGAACUACUGAGUUUUGGACAAAGUAGAUUUAGAAUAACAGG